GACAAUUUCAGAUUUUAGAGUCGGCCAUGAUUGUUUAUAGUGACGAUAGUAUUUGGAACAAGAAAUAUCAACUUUAAUACUUUAAAAUAGUAGUUGAUACAAUGUCUGAGAAGGAAGAAGGAGAAAUUAGUGAUUCGGAUGCCAACGAUGCCCAGGAUUAUUUUGAUAGAUCAGUUUAUAGCGAUAUUUCUUCAGACGACAAUUGUCUAACGAAAUGCGGGGUUCACGUGGCUGGGCUGGAUAGAAAUUCUAACUCAUUUGCAAAUAUAAAAGAUCAAUCAGAAAGUAAUGGAUUUGACGAUGGGAAUUCCUCAAGUUCUGUAGGUACAGAAGCACACUUCCUUUUGGAAUAUCAAAGCAUGGAGAAAAAGCUAGAUGAUAUUGAGCAAGGGCUGACUGAAGAAAAGGAUGUAGUUGAUAAAAUAUUAGCAUCUUCUUGUCAAACAUCUGAUGGAGAAAUCACUGACUCAACUAUAUCUUCCAUCGAAUCAGAUGACUCUGAGGAUGAUAUGAAUCUUCUAAAACUACGAUUUAAGGCUUUGCAAUCAGCAGUUAAAAUAAAGGCAAGUGAAAAUCUCAGUAAGAAGAGACGACUACCAUCCCCACCGAGACAUCGUCAUUAUUUUCAAAAAUCUUCAACUUACAGAAGGGGAGAAAGUCAUCGUCAAAGCAAGAUGUUAAAAGUUUUGAAACUGAAAACUCACGAAGACCAAGUAAAUGCUUUUUUAAAGUUAAUGGGUGAAUCAAACAUUCGAUCAGAUAAUUGCAAUUUAGAAAAGCAUUUAAUUAAUGCUACGGAUCAGAUUGAAUUCAUUCCCGGCUUAACGUUGAUUGAUCAAAACUCUAUGACUUCUCACUUGAAUACAGAAUCAAUGGAUAGCGUAUUUCCGCAACUUAGCUUCCAAAAUCGAAAUGAUGACAAAAAUAAUCAUGCAGUUUUUACGUAUCCCAAUAAUCUGAAAUCAGAUCAAUUUGUUAUUUUUGAAAAGAAAGACUGUGAACAGGAGGGUCUUAGCUCAGCGGCAAAUUCUAAUGCGAUUAAUGACAAUAUAGAUGAGAAAAUAAAUACUUUGCUUGAAGAUGUCAGAAAAGAGAGUCUAGAUACUCCAGAUGUAGAAAAAUUGUCAUCUAACAGUCAAGAAUCAUCUCGAGUAACUUCUCCUAGCGGAGAUAUAGUACUAGAAGAAGUCGAAAAAGAGGAAAGAGAGCGAGAAAAAGAAGCGGCAAACCUUCGCCGUGAAAUUGACCUUCUUCAAGAACAGAUUUUAAGAGAAAAUCUUGUGAGGAAGCAAGCAGAGAGACAGGCUUUGGAAAAGAAAAAACAAGCUGAGAACUCAACAAAGAAAAAUGACGAUAUUUUGAAAAAAAUGAGAGAGAAUAUUUUAAAUCGAAUGAAUUCCAAAACGACAACGGGAAAAACGAUUAAAAAGAGUGCCUCCUCUCCUGCAUUCCUUAAACAACUCUCUAAAACAAAAGAAAUUGUUAUUAAAUUGGGAGAAGAUUCAACUAGUAGUGAAAGCGAUUCAGAUUUAGAGAAACGCAAUUUAAGUAAUGUGAAUAAACAAGAAUUAAAUGAGAAAACUCUGGGAAAUUGCUCAAACGUUUCAACGAAGGCUAUUCUUCAAGAACAUCGUUCGCUACGGAAAAGAACUAUUGCUCAAACUGAAACUCCAUUGAGAAAAACUUGCUCCCCAAUACAGGAAACAAACGAGACUGACUCAAUAAAUCUUAUAUGCAAACAGGUUCUAAAUGAAAUAAUCGAUAGACUGAUACCUGCCAAACCGAGAAAAUGUAUUAGAAAAUUAUCAAAAGUAAAAACCAAGUCUUCAAAACCUAAUCUAAAAUUGAGUAAGGUCUUGGAGAGAAAACUAGUGGCGGUAGAAGGUGAAUGGAAAAAACAGAAGUUGCUGAGACUAAAAUAUAAAAUGCUGGAGGAACGUAAGCGAACGAAGUUGGAUGAACAAGAGCUGACUUCUGUAGGUAACUUGAGAGCUCAGCGCCGAGCCACAAUUUUAAAAGAAAAAAAACGCUUAAAAAAAUUGGAAGAACAGCUAGCAGUAGCCAAAAGGGUGAUAACUACCAGUGAAGAGCAACUUUCAGAGUUAGACAAAAAGUUACAAGUAAUUCGAGAAAGAUUAGCUACUAGGCGUAGUAACGAGCUCUCACUUCGUCAAGAAUUAGAAACUUUAGUAAAUCAACCUAAUAGUGCUUUAAGAAAAAGUGAACCUGAAAAAAUUAAAGAGUACACCUUUGACGAUGUAUUUGGUUUGAAAGAAGAAACGAUAAAUAUCUUAAACAAACAACUAUCCAACGGAAAUUCUGAAAAUACCAACAAAUUAUAUAUGCAGUUCAUGAGUAAACUUCCAAAGGAAUGUUCAAAUGUUGUAAUUGGAUAUGAAAAUAAACAUCCUACAAUCACUUUUUUAAAUUUCUCUUCCGAGACUGAAAAAAAUACCCUGAACAAAAAAAUAGGAACUUUUUCUACUGGAAAAUUUACAAUAUAUGACAGCCCUUUGAAAGCUUUCAGACUAUAUAGAUUUAAAGAUCACAGCAAGUUGAAUAGCUCAAUAUACUCUUACUAUCAUUCUGCUGAUAGGAUUUUAUGUAGAUAUCAUUUGAACGGAAAAUGUCAAGAUGAAAAGUGCAAUAACCUUCACUUGGCUGAACCAUCUAUCAAAGAGAUACUACUUGAUUUAGUGUCUUAUGUACCGACCAUUGCUGGAGUCUCACGUACAACCCCGACUAAACAAAUUCCGAUGAUCCUAGAAAACUAUAUCGUUGAUUUUAUGAGAGACAAACAAGAGCUGAACAAGGAAGACUGCCUAGCUCUGAUGAUGCGUUUGAUAAAACAAAAAGUGCAAUUUUCUUCAGUUUUUGACCUCUCUAGAAAGUGGAAUCCGUUUGAAUAUUUAAAAGAAACUUCAGCCGUUCAUAGCUUGAAAUUAAAUUGUGAAAAUGACAAGGCAGAAAAUAAAAGGGUCAAAAAGCAGUAUGAUCUGGUUACAUUUGAUCAAUUGUGCAAUAAAACAGCUUCAGAUAAGAAAGAAUCUGUAAGAGGAUUUCAACAAGAAAUUGAAGAAACAAUUAAUUCUAAGGAUAUUCGUUAUUGGUUGAAUGACAACCAAAGUUGCAUUGGCAAAGAAUUAGAAAGUGCAGUAAAAACUGAAAAAAGUAACAUAUCAUUAUGGUUAAGAUUCGCCUAUUCAAAGUUACAUGAUUCCAAUGGUGCUGAUUAUGAUUCAGCCUUAAAAAUUCUUGCAAAAGCCAUUCAAACGAAUGAAAAAGAAUCCUUAUUAUGGAUUCAUUACUUAACCCUGUAUGAAAAAUCUGAAAGACAAUCCAGUCUAAAAUUGGUGUAUCAAAUGGCUUUGAAAAAAGCUCCAACAUAUAAUAUUUGGUGGAAAUAUUUGAUGAAGCAGAAAGGAGUUGAAGCUGUAUGUGAAACUUGCGAUAAAAUUAUUGCUUUCAUAAUGGGGAUGGAAAAAAAUGAUAUAGCUUCUCAUUAUUUACUAGAAGUUACGAUUUAUAAGGCGACAAUUUUGCGACAAGCUGGCUUAUACAAUGAAGCUUUAAAAUUUUUGGAUAAAAGUCGCUUAAACAAAGAUAUAACCACAAUCAUGAAUACUGAAGAUUUAUCUGUUUUACUAUUUACCUUUAUAUACCUUGCUGAAUUUUCCACGAUACCCAGUGCCUUUUUUGAUCCUGCUCAAUCGAUACCAUCAAAAAUUGUAAGAAAGACAGCUUUAUAUAUGGCAUGGAAAAGCGGAACUAAGAAAACUAAAUUGAAAGUUUCAACUCUAGACUCGUUAUUUAAACAAGCAUUUGUGCGACUAAAAGGAAGGGAACUUAAGGGAGAUAAUUGUAUCAAUCUUGCCUUUAUCGACAAAGAAAUAGUUUUGGGAAAAACAGAUAAGGCAAAAAUCUUUGUUGAAACAAAAAUCAAAUCAGAACCAAAUUGUGUCAUUCUAUGGAAAUAUUUGAAAAAGAUAUGUUCUAUAACGGGAGAAAGUUUCUGCAGUGACUUCGUUGACCUAGAAUGUGCAAGUUCUGAAUUAACUUUCUUCUUAGCUAUUUCUGUCGAAACGAAAGAAAACGCAUUAAAAAUUAUUGAAGACUACCCAAAAAAGAUUUUAAAAAAUCCGGUACAAUGUGAAAGAAAUAUAGUUAUACACUGUUACUUAAAACUUAUCAAAGAGCCCCUUCCUCUUGAUGGAGAUUUACCAGAACUGAAAAAUUUUAAAACCGAAGAAGACGAUCCCUUCACAUGGCUCUGCUAUUGCUAUUAUUUACAAGCAAGUGAGUUCAAUUUUGAAACAAUCAAAGAAGCUUUUGAGUGUGCGUUGUGUCGAGUUAAGGAGAAAAAUAGCUACCUAAUUUGGAAAAGCUAUCUGAAAUUUAUAAAUGAAAAUUGCCCCAAAAAACUGUGGAUUAUGGUUCGUCGUUGUCUUGCGAGCACGUCUGUCAAUAUCAAUUUUCCGUAUUCAAAUCUUACGUUUUUGGAUUGUGACGGUCAAAACGAAAUUUUCAACUGGUUGUUCUCGAAUUUGACAACAAACGACGUACUAAAAGUAGAAGAAAAGUUGAUUGAGUGGAUGCCGAGAAAUCCCCAACUCGUUUGCAGGUUACUGAAAAAUUAACAAAAUUUUCUUUUAGUGACUGAUUUUUUUAGAACCCUACUGGAUUUUUGGAAAAAAAGAGAUAUGGCUUCUGUUCGGGCAAUUUCACAAAGAUCUUUACUUCAACUACCUAAUUGCCUUCCAAUUGCCUUAUUGUCCGUAAUCAUAUUUAACUUUUACAUAAUUUUUUCAUAUUAAAUUCAAUUCAAUAUAAUAGUCGAAAUUAAUAAGUAAAUUUAAAUUUAUGUGUCCGCAGUCUCGUCGCAUCUCUUCACGAAGAAAAGAAAUAUUUACAGGUAAGAUAUAUUAUUAAAAAUUCUUGCAAAACAUAUAUUUAGUCAUAGCUAUCAACGAGAGGAGUUGUGUGUUAAACGUUUGACAGGUUAAGAAAAUUCUUAGUCGCCUUUCUACGCAGUUUCCUCUGAAUGAAGUGAUAUGGAAACACGUGCGUUGCUAAAGUUAACAUUCUUAGAGAUAUUUUAGAUCCCAACAAUUAAAAAAUUUUAGGUCAUCAUUUGUGCGCUGUGGGCCAAAGAUAAAAAUUGGAUAACAGAUACGGUGAAAAAGUGUAAAGAGUAUGGUAUAGACGUCGAGAAACAUGUCGUGUCAUCCUGUUUCGGAGUUGCUUUGAAAAAAGUCGCUCGUGAAAAAACAGGUGAGUAGCCUUCUAGUUUAGGAAGUAAAAAUUUCCAACUUCAAAAUUCAUUAUGCAUUCAAACUGUGGUGCUAUAACUUCUCCUUUAACGAAAAAACCGGUUAAAAAUUAUUUUUGGAUUAUUCUCUCUGCGGAUUUUACACAUUGUAAACGUUGAUUGAUAUUGUUGAAAUUGCUUUGUUCUAAUUGUCAUAUGUUAAAUUUUUUGG